AUCUGCUGCUUUGAUUUCCCUAGGUAUUAAAGAGCCAUGGACAAGACUACAUGGUUGGCAACAGGCUGAGCAAAGCUGAUGUCCUCCUGGUGGAACUUAUCUACAACAUGGAAGAGCUGGACCCCAGCCUUACUGCCAACUUCCCUCUGCUGAAGGCCUUGAAAACCAGAAUCAGCAACCUGCCCACUGUGAAGAAGUUUCUGCAGCCUGGCAGCCAGCGGAAGUUCCCCUUGGAUGCAAAAGCUUUAGAAGAAGCCAAGAAGAUUUUCAGGUUGCCAUAAAGCUGGUGCUGGUGCUUUAUGGCAACCUGAAAAAAAUCUGAUAUGAGAUUUCCAAUCUCCUCUAAACUCCCUCUCUCUUGGAAUUAAAUACGUAGUACAAAGGAAAAUGUA